GAUGUUGAGUUUGAGAAUGCGAGAAUAGAGAGAGGUUGGAGAGAAAAAGAAGAAAAAGUCUGAGUGUGAAGCAACGAUCUAUCCCAGCACCUCCACGUAACCCUUUGCAUGUCACCAAAAUAGCACCCUCAACCCCACACGCCACACCUGUCCGUUUUAGAUACUCCAGGCCCCUUCAUUCCCUCAUCUCGAUCCAUCUUUCCCUUAAUCACUCCCUUCCCUUCUCCCACACAACACCUCCAACCAUGGCGGACGCCCACAGAACCACCGCCCCACCACCCUCCCUCUCCGCCGCGUUUCUCCGAAAACUCCAAGACCGGGGACCCAACUCAACCCAGCUCGCCUGCAUCUUAACCCUCCUCCUAACUGCCUCCGUCUUGCUCCUCCUCACGGGCCUCACCGUCGCUGGGGCCGUCCUGGGCCUCAUAUUUUUCCUACCCUUAAUCAUCGUAUCGAGCCCAGUGUGGGUCCCAGCCGGCACCUUUCUAUUCAUCGUCACCGCAGCUUUCUUGUCCGUGUGCGGUUUCGGCGUUGCACUCGUGGCCGUGCUGUCUUGGAUGUACCAUUACUUCAGAGGCCUCCACCCGCCCGGUUCGGACCGGGUUGACUACGCUCGGAGUCGCAUUUACGACACCGCCAGCCACGUAAAAGACUACGCCAGAGAAUACGGUGGCUAUUUGCAGAGUAAGGUCAAAGAUGCAGCUCCCGGCGCGUGAGGAUGACCCACCCGAUUAAGAUCGGAUCGGGUCAUAUCCACCAACUUACGGUGUGCAACUAUUGAAAUUCCGUCAACUUUUUUAUUUUUUUUUUGGUUUCUUGUGAUUCUGUCUGUUCCUCGAUCGACUUACGGGGUUGGUUGGUUGCUCUGCUGCCGCGUGUAUUUUGAUUUUGCUCUGUUUCUGUCGGUUAUCGUCGUCGUUAUGUUUUAGAAUUCUGAAUGAAAAAAUGUAGUUGUUUGUUACAAUUUUGGUCUUGUA